AGGUGUUAAAAGAUAUUAAAGGAUGUUUGUUAUGACAGAGAUGACUUGAGACAGAGAGAUGAAGAGGAUCCCUGAUUAGGGGCGCCACUGGGGGAUCAGGUGGCAAGUACGUCAGCCAACCGCAUCCACUGCUGAGGGCAGCACAGAAUGUGCUUGACCGACCCAGUCCGUGAGCAAUCUCCCAACUCAUCUCUGAUGGAACUAAUGAACUUAUUCUUAAACUAUGCAAAAUAACUCCAGACAUAAACAUGGAUGUUAGACAUAUCUUAAAAACAGUCAACGAAAAAAUAUUCAGAACCCUCGUCGCAAUAGCCAAAAAAUACAACAUAGAAAUUUAAUACCCAGCUCAUCUCUGAUACCCAGUAGCGAUACACAGUACCAACUCAACCUCCAAAAGUAACGAGGCAUAAACGGAACAGGGCAUAGAACCCUGUCAGAAAAUAAGUUGGCAUCAAUAGAGUCUGCUUGAUAGACUUAGAUAGACUCUGGAGCCAUAAGCAAUAACUAACUAACUAAGUUGUUUCUUUGGUAGUCUUUAUAAACUAUCAAUUUUUACAGUGAUUAACGAUUUAGCCUGAGGGAGCAUCAAUUGAAUUAGAAGAAUGGCCUCGACGAAAAUUGAUUGGGCUAAGUGUACCGACGAACAGGAGAAAUUAUCCUCACAGGUUACGCAAUUGAAUAUUACUAAGUCAACUGAAUCAAGUACACCAAGUACAGGAAAUACACCGAGUACUGGAAGUGCACAGAGUGAAGGAAAUGUACAAAGCACAGGAAAUACACAGAAUGCAGGAAACACACCUGCAUCUGCUAAAGAAGAAAAAAACAGCGAUACCGAAGAACAAAUUUCCCCUGCAGAGAAGUCCCUAUUACAAAAGAUAAUACGCAAAGGCUUAGUAGAAACUACAAAGGACUUAGAGAUACAGCGGAAAGACCCUACUUCUCCAUUAUAUAGUAUAAAAUCUUUCGAAGCACUUCAUCUUAAACCAGCACUGCUCAAAGGAGUGUAUGCAAUGGGUUUUAAUACACCUUCAAAAAUUCAAGAAACUGCAUUACCUACUUUACUCGCUGAUCCACCCCAAAAUAUGAUAGCACAAUCUCAGUCUGGAACUGGAAAAACAGCGGCUUUUGUACUUGCCAUGUUAAGCAGAGUAGAUUGUAAUAAGGAUUAUCCUCAAGUUCUCUGCUUAUCACCUACUUAUGAAUUAGCUAUACAAACUGGAGAAGUGGCAGCCAAAAUGUCACAAUUCUGCCCAGAAAUAAAGUUAAAAUAUGCCGUCAGAGGAGAGGAAUUACCAAGAGGGACAAAACUCACAGAUCAUAUAAUAAUCGGAACACCAGGAAAAGUUCUGGAUUGGGCACUUAAAUUUCGUUUCUUUGAUCUAAGUAAGAUCUCAGUUUUUGUUCUUGAUGAAGCAGAUGUUAUGAUUGCCACACAAGGUCAUCAGGAUCAAUGCAUUCGCAUUCAUAAAAUGCUGCCCCGGAAAUGUCAAAUGAUGUUCUUCUCAGCUACGUAUGAAAGUGCUGUUAUGGAAUUUGCAGAAAUAAUUGUUAGCAAUCCUCUAAUAAUCCGUCUGUUAAAAGAAGAAGAGAGUUUAGACAACAUCAAACAGUACUACGUUAAAUGCAAAAAUGAAGACGAAAAAUAUACAGCAAUUACUAAUAUUUAUGGUGUCAUUACUAUAGGGCAAGCUAUUAUCUUUUGUCAUACAAGAAAAACUGCUAACUGGUUGUCAGAGAAGAUGACGAAGGAUGGACAUGCAGUAGCCGUACUGUCUGGUGAUUUAACAGUUGAACAGAGAAUUGCUGUGUUAGACAGGUUCAGAGCUGGCCUCGAAAAGGUUUUAAUUACAACAAACGUUUUAGCAAGAGGUAUCGAUGUGGAACAAGUAACAAUAGUAGUUAACUUCGAUCUACCAAUGGAUCAGAAUCGUCAAGCAGAUUGUGAAACUUACCUGCACAGAAUUGGAAGGACGGGAAGAUUCGGAAAAUCGGGAAUAGCGAUUAAUCUGAUAGAUUCCCCACAUGCAAUGCAGAUUUGCAAAGACAUAGAAAAACAUUUUGGCAAAAAAAUAUACUACUUAGACGCAGAAGAUGCAGACGAGAUCGAAAAGAUUGGAGCAUAAUUGUAAAAAGAAAAAUUGCAUUUGAUUUUCUUUCGGAUACCAUAAAAAAGGAUAUUAUAUAUUAUAAAAAAAAUUUCCUUAUGAUCUUGGAUAUCAGACAUUCUGUAUGAUCCUUUUUUUGAACGAUGUAUCUUUCCACUCACAAUGUAAGGAACCUCUUUUGUACAUUAUCGCUGAUAAGCAUUAAACAUAAGUUAACCAUAGUAAAGAAUUAUGCAGAAUAUCUGAAUAAUUAAAGUAAAUAUAAUAAGAGUAUUUUUAUAUGUUGAACAAAAAUAGAAAACGAUUUGGAAUUACAUUUGCUUGCUUUUGUGAAAAUAAAGAUUUUCAUUUGUGCUUAUGA